AUGCUGGAAGGCGCGGGGGACGAGCUGCAUAUUGAAGGGGGAUUGGCGGUUGAGCAGAUGAUGGUGUCGCAAGGCAGAGUGGCUGCCGACGACGAUGGUGUUGGGGAGUUCCACGGCGAGGUAGAAGGGCAGCUGACGAUCGAUCCAUUUAAAAGGUCGCGGACGGCCGAACUGGUGACAACCAAGGAGAGCAUCUCGCCGAGGAAGGGGGCGCCAUCAACGAUCCAUGUUGUCUGGGAAGAUGGUGCGAUUCCUAGCCAGGUUUCUCAUAAAUUUUACAUGGGGUUGGCUGAUAAUGGAGGGCCCCUCAUGUAUUCUCACCAUCAUGAGGGGGUGGGUGCCUCGCCCAAGGAGGUUGUGAUGGUGGAAGGACAGCAUGCACAGAGAUGUCAGAAUGCUAACAGUGCUGAAUCUGUUGAAAUGCGAAAGGAGGAAUUGGUUGAUUCUACUCUGUGGGAUGAGUUAACAGAUUUUGGGCUUUCAAGGGUUGGUCUCAUCAACAGCGUCGAUGAUUUAUCUGGUCCGGCUGUUAGUGGGACAUCGCUAUUGGGAGAAGAUGAACCUCAGUUAACUGCAUCUGAGCAUCAGCGAGAAAGACGAAAGAAACGGUCUGUUGUUGGAACACCUGACCAUUUGGCUCUCGAGAUUCUUUUAGGGACAGGGCAUGGUGCAACUGCGGAUUGGUGGUCUGUGGGUAUCAUUCUAUUUGAGCUGAUUGUUGGUAUCCCACCUUUUAAUGCUGAGCAUCCUCAGAUAAUAACUGAUAAUAUUCUCAACUGA